GUGGUGGUAAGAAGGGUGAGCCGAAAGGCAAGAAAGGUCAAGGAAAAGGCGACGGAAAGAAGGGCAAAGGCAAGUCCAAUCCCAACCUUGUGUGCUGGUAUUGCGGUAAGACUGGCCAUCCACAGCAUUUGUGUUUUCAGAACCCCAACCGCAAGCAGAUCAAUCAAGUUGAGCAGUCAGGUGCAGUUGGAAGUGGAAGCCCAGCGCCAAGCACCGUUGGCCCGAGCGCGAGCCAGCAUCCGCAGCAGUCCGUGGCCGGCAGUGCUACGACAGUCAGGCGUGUUGAUGCUUCAGAGCCUUUGAUUUUCGAUUUUAGCGAUGUGCAGAGCCCAGCUUCCGUUGACAUCAGGGCUAUCGUUGCUGAGUUUGAGGGACCAGAAUUUGGGUCCGAUGCCGAGAAUUUUCAUUUUCAUGCACCAUGCCAAUUUUUCGACAUGACGUAUUCUGAUGCCGAUGCAGACUGGCUUGUGUUGCCGGGCGAGCCGAGCCCUGUGGAGCCUGAGCUCCUGCGUGACGGUGUGGAGCCCAUUUUGGGCGAUGUGGCAGCUUCUGUGCUUGAGACCAACCUGCGUGAGGUCGAGGUGUCUCCAGCCGUGUCAGUUUCUGUCCGAGCAGUGAAUGGUGCAAGGCCUGAGGUUGAUUUGGAAGUGAUUUUGGAUUCAGGGGCUGACUUGAGCUGUUUGCCAAUCGCCUUGGGGUCCACAGGUGUGCGAGGGCCGAGAGCAGGCCGCAUUGCGGUGCGUGAUGCCCAAGGUGGGCGCCUGCCAGUGAAUACCACCAGGGAUGUAGAAUUUUCCUUGAAGGCCCAUGAUGGAAGGGAAGUGGUUUGGAAAGAAAGGUGCAUCGUGACAUCCGUAACCCAACCACUGUUGGCUCUUGGAAAAUUGAUGCGGGCAGGAUGGAUUCCGUCCAAAGACGAUUUCGGAAUGUUUUUGCAGCACCAGGAGAGCGGAGUUAUGGUUCCAAUUGAUUUUCGGGGAAAUAGCCUUAUGGUUCAUGCCACUUUGCGUAGAGUAGACGGUGAAGAUGCUGAGUCAGCAACUGGCGAGGAGCCGGAUUCCAGAGAUCCGGAUGCCAGAGAUCCGGAUGCCAGAGAUCCGGAUGGCAGAGAUCCGGAUGCCAGAGAUCCGGAUGCCAGAGAGCCGGAUGCCCACGAUCAGGAUGCCGAGGGGAGUUUGCAUGUGCGUGCGACAAGCGCGCGUCCCAGCAAUGAGUUGGUUGAUGCUUCAUUUGGCUGGCAGACCUUGGAGAGCACAGGACAUUUUCUGUGGCGGGGAAGAACUGACAGGUACAUUGAUCCAGCCACACUUGUGCCGAUCACUUGGCCUCAUCGCACGACUUUGGUGUAUGCCGGUGCAGGCUGGCAAAUGCUUGAAUGGUGUGUCGAGUGGCUAGAACUUAAGGAUCCUGUUGCUUUGCUUCAAUGCGGUAUGUGUGACUGCAUCACUGUGCUCAGCAUGAAUCAAGAAGAGCCAGGUGACUUCGGUGUUGAGCUCGAUUCGGGACUGUCUGAGCAUGUGAACGACAGCGGGUUGCAGGCAGAGUUAGAAUUGCAAGAUGCCGAUGAGCAGAUGCCCGAAGUGCCAGGUCAGGCCGACCCGCCGGAGCAUGAAGCCGUGGCACCUGUGCCACUUCCCGACACGGUGGAGCCGGGUUCAGCUUUGCAUGCAGAGCAGGAUUCAGUGAUCACAGUGAAUGGCGUAGGACUGUCGAUGGAGUCGACUCUGGGAGCUUUGCGUGCCGGUUGCAAAUUUCUGAAUUUGUCGCAGUCGGGAUCCAAGCAAAGGGCCCGGUCCAUGGAUGCUGACCUUUCUGGUCACCUGAGAAGGAAGAGGGACAGCAGUGCUUUGGAUGAUCACUUGAUUUAUGCUGUCCGUGUUUCCACCACUACAUCUGAGAAGCAGCCCUGGGAGAGGGGCGACAUCCUGGCGCCUCGAUCAGCUUUCUCGUCUCCCUUCCCGAGUGUCGGCAGGCCUCAGGUAGCUGUGCAAGUGCUGCCUGCCCCAAGUUCGUCUCCUGCGGGAGCUGUUACAACUUCUGUGGCUGUUAAAGUAUUGGGCAAGCAGCCGACGACGAAGGGGCCUAGCUGGGAGGAGAAAUUGACUGAUAACAGACGGGCUGCAGUGGCAAAAUGGGAGGCUCUUCUUAUGGCUCACGGCGAGCACUUUGAUUGCUACAGGGGAGUCAGUGGCGACGCCAGUGCGGGACGCAAGGCAGAUCUGGUUCAGACGCUGAAGGACUGUUUUGCGGGCAAGGCGAGCGCAACUCUGCACUCGAGAGUGGGACCUAUGAUGCGUUAUGUAAAGUUUACCAAAUCUGCUGGUCUUGAUGCUUUUCCUUUGACUGAGAGUGUCUUAUAUGUGUUCAUGGAUCAGUAUUGUCGGACGGCGGCGGCAACCUUUGGAAGGAGCUUCCUUGAGUCUCUGAAUUUCGCUGUGCAUGUCUUGGGCCUCGAUUUGCAUGUGACCAUCAGUGGCAGGAUACAAGGGGUAGCCAAGACCAGGUACCUUGAAAAAAGGAAAGCUGUCCAGAAGCCGGCGCUUACAGCGCUGCAUGUGAGGACUCUUGAGAAGAUAGUGAUUGGAGGAACUAUUGAAGAAUACAGCGGCUUCGACAGACAUUGCGCUGGGUUUUUCUGCUACACUUUGUACGCUCGGGCCCGGUUUUCCGAUGCCCAAGCCUCGGCUAACCUCAUGCUUGAUGUCACCGAGAACGACGACGGGCCUUAUGGGUUCCUGGAGGCCUCUGUUACGAGGUCCAAGACCUCGUAUACUCUGGAAAGAAAAACGAGAUUCCUUCCAAUGGUUGCUCCUAUUAAUGGACUGCUUGAUGAGUCUUGGGGGACUGCAUGGUACAAGCUCAUGAAGGAGCAGGCGGUGACCCUUCGAGAGGGUUAUCCGUUGCUGUCGUCGCCUGUCACUGGCGGCGGGUUCAGUCUGCUGCCCAUCUCGGCCGAGCAUGCUGCGAGGAUUUUGCGGGAACUUUUGAGGCGCGAGCUCGGUGAUUCUGCUGACAUCAGAAAGCUUGGAACGCACAGCUUAAAGAGGGACACGCUGAGCGGCCCAUUGCGGCAGCUUGGAUCCGUUGUGAGUGCUGUGGCAUUGGAUCAUUUCCGGCCUGACAGCACGCGCUCGGGAUAUUUUCCCAGUCGCAAGGGUCGAGAAGAUGCAGGCUUCGACCCCAAUGCUCCGGAGCAAGAAGAGCUUGACAGUUCUUCCAGUGGAAGUGAAGACGAGGAGGCUCCGGAUCACGAUGAGGUCGAGAAGGCCUGUGAUGCUCUGGCUUCCUGGGAGCCUCGGCCGGGUCUUCGUGAUCUGAUCGGUGAGGGCCCAGUCUUCAAGCGUAAGACUACGAGGGUCAUUCAUUUGAUGGCCAGCAGUGAUGAAGGCGAUCGCUUUGUAUGCGGUCGCAAGCCGUCAACUAGACGGGCCUUGAGUUUCACGCGAGAUCGGCGAGAGGUCAGGACCUCGGGCCUGUCGGCUGCUGACCAGACUAAUGUGUUGGCUGGACUGAAGAAUUUGAAACAGCUGGCAUUUGUCAGCUCCUUCACUCCGGGACAAGCCGAUGAGAAGCCUUUGAUUGCGGCUUUGGAUGCUCUAGUCAAGAGGGACACCAGUGCUGACUUAGCUGCUCAGGCGUGCUUCAGGGCUCUUUUCCAGCAGGCUUACGCCAUAGUCACCACCGAGUUUAGGCAGGCCAUUGAGCGCACUGAAGACGCUCCCAGUCGGUCUCUCAGCGCGCCUGAGCGAGAGGAGCGCUACACGCGACAGGUGAAGAAGUUAACCGGGAUCAACAUAAAAGGCGAGACUGAACCAAGUCAGGCCUUGGUCGACCUUUGCGUGAAUAUAUAUGAGUCGAACACAUUGCGCUACGUGGCCUGGGAGAAGUGCACUAGUCGGCUUGCAGAGGUUCAAGGCGAUGCCAAAAAGGACACUCGAUUCACCCUCGAUGCUCAGGGCAAGACCUUGAAGCUUGAGUCGAAGGCCCCAGAUGACAAGUGUCAUGUCCGGCCCAGCUUCAAGCAGCUCUUGCGGGCCGAUCAGAAGCUUUUCUCGGAGUUGCAGGACCGCUGUCGUGCAGGAAUCCAGGCCACAUCAGCCGGCCGCCCCUUGGAUGGCCUGAUUCCGUUGGUGAUGGAUCUGAGUGAUGUGGCAGUCCUGUUGCAAUCCCUGCCUGGAAAUGCCUCCUCCUCUUCUGAUGUGCCUCCGGGUCCGUGGGUCUCUCGCGAGAGGCCGAGCCCAUACACUCGAGAGGGUAAAGGCCGAGGCAAAGCGGGUAAAGGACGGGCCAAGGGGAAGGGCGUGUUGCCUAAGCCGCUUGUGGGCUGCUACAGUUCGACAAAUGCUGGCGAACCCAUAUGCUUCGAUCACAACAUCAAUGGAUGCAGCCGGGCCGUCAAAAGCGGUGGCUGGGAAUGUCCCCAGCUUGACUCAUUGGAGUCUCAAUCCCUGAGUUCGGCUAAUGAGCUGGACCAUGCAAUGCCUUGCCCUGUGGGGCCUGCUGCAACAUUGGUUGCUGCUUGUGCUUCACUCAAUGAGAGAAUGCAUGAUGCCGGUUCGCCCGUGGGCGGUGAACCUUCUGUUGGAGCGCGUGAUUGUGCCACCGCGGAUUCUCCUAAAAGGAAAGCCAAUGACAGCGACCGUGAGUCGCCGGGCAAGGCGCCUCGACUUGAAGGCCCUGAAGCCCUUGCCUCUGACUUGCACCGCAAACACUUGUUCGAUGCAGCUAGUGUGCUUUCUCUAUUUGACCUUCUGCCAAAAGCUGAUAUCACACGACUUUCUCAAGCCAAAGGCUCAGUCUUCGCGGUGGGGUCGUAUUCUCACGGUCCUAUCAAAGGUUUGCGGCAUUUCACCCGAAUUUAUCCCAAUGUCUGCCGAUACUUGUGUGCUUGCGUCCUGCAUGUCCUUCCGACGCACAAAUUUUCAAGUCUGCUGAUCUCUGACUCGGUUGAAAGUCAACCUCACACUGAUCCCAACAACGGCCCGACUUUGGAUCUCCUGAUACCUCUGACGCACUUUUCAGGUGGCUCACUGCGAGCCGGUGAUUGCGACCUCGACUUCAGUCGGGGUGCCUGGGCUUUCAAUGCUCGUGACGGCUGCCACGCCGUGGCGCCUUUUCAGGGUCGUCGGGUUAUGCUCAUUGCUUUCAGCACCAAGGGCGUUUGCGAUUCCGACUCUGAGGUGUUGUCUCAGCUCCAGUCCUGUGGUUUCGCCCUUCCCAGGGCUGAUGCUGUGAUGCCCGCAUCUCCAGUGGGCCCUCUACCUGACAUCAGGAGCUCUGUUACUCAUGAGCCCCUGAAAGUGCUGAAGCCUUCCCGGCUUGUUGUCCUUGACCUCUUCUGCGGACGAGGUGUUGCAGCUCAGGCCCGAACGACAAUCCACUUGGCAAUACUUGCGGCCUUUGUUCUCGGCAAGGCGUAUGCGGAGAACCUUGCCGAAAAUCUGCGUUUGCAGCUCACGAAAAUGCAGCCGAUUAUGCCCGAGUUCAAGUAUAUGGUAAGCGUGCACGUCGCUGAUUGCUCCCAGCUGCGGCUGGAUGACAAAAGUACCCCUGCCACCGCCACGUUUGGCGUGUUUCGGACUCCUGAUGAGUUCGUUGCUGCCAGCUUGCGCCUCGAGCAUCCGUUCGACGCUUUUGCACACGUGCCUGAUGGUCUCAUCAGGAAUUUGGGGCGGCUGCUUAUCGACGGCCCCUUGCCCGUCAUGCGACGCCGGCUUGACCUACUUACCAAGUGGUCUGCAUGGGCCGAUGAACUGGCCGAGCCUGAGAGAGCUCUUCAUGCUUCGCUUGAUCCUAGAGUUGGUGCGGUCCUUUCUGGCAAGAAGUUGCUGUUGCUGGAUCGAAUCGCCAAAUCCCUUGCCUGGCCAGACGAAGACCUUUUUAAGGACCUCAAGGAAGGGUUCGGCAUAGUGGGUUCCGCGCCUGUCACGGGGGUUUUCGCACCAUCCUUUAAGCCUUCGGAGUUCACUGAGGAAGAGCUUGAUCAAAGAUCGAAAUUCUUGCGACCGGCCCUGUGGGCCAAGAUCUCAUCUUCAAAACCUGAGGAUUCCGAUGCCGAGCUUUGGAGCCAAACUCUGGCUGAGAGGGAUCAGAAGUCUUGGCUGAGCGGCCCAUAUAGCUACCAGGAGCUCACUGAGAUUUUGGGUCCGCACUGGAUACCUGUACGGAGGUUCGCGAUUUUCCAACGGGGGAAGCUGAGGUGCAUUGACGAUUUGUCCGAGAACAGUGUCAACUCGUCCUGGGAAGUGGCAGAAAAGAUUGACCUGCGCGCGAUGGACGAACUCCUUUGGAUAACAUCGAGGCUCAUGCAAUCCAUCGUCGAUCGAGGAUUUGUCAACCUUCGUCUUUCUUCUGGUGAAGUGAUCAGCGGCCCUUUGCAUACCGUGUGGCGUACGCGGCCUGAGUCCGCGCGCCCAGUCUUGAAAUGCGUGGAUUUGAAGUCUGCUUACAAACAGUAUGCUAUAAGGCCAUGUGACAGCAAGAGGUGUGUGGUCAGCCUCCGGCGGCCCUCCGACGGGACGAUCCGCAAGCUAAUGCGCCUCUUGGGCGUGAUCUGCUCAGAGGACAAGGAGUUGCCUUUUUCUUCGGUGGCCGAUCUCUUGGGGGUUCGCUUGGUGGUGGUCAGAGAAGUCGACAGCUUGUUUGGAAGGAUUCAGUAUGCCGAUUCCCAAAUCAUGGGCCGAAGGGGCAAACUGGCCUUUGCUGUCUUGCAGAUGCGCAUGGAUGCUGGCGAGCCCAGGCGCAUACAGGUCCGAUACUUCGGGGUCACGCUGAGUGACUCCCUGGUCGACCUAUGGGCCGAGAGCGGCAAGAAGCACCUGAUAGGGCUUGUUGAGUUGUAUGCUCUAGUGCUCGCGAGAUUCGUCUGGGGUCGACUCCUCGACGAUCGAAGGGUGCUUUACUUUAUCGAUCACGUGGGGGUGCUCGCCGCUACCAUCAAUUGCACAUCCAGGGGGCUGCUGGAUCUUUCCGAUGUGCGAACAUGCGAUCCGGGACCAUCCUGCUUGUUUUGCCACGGGCGAAUUACUGCGCUCGUCUUGACUUGGGGAUAUGGUCCUCGCUUCGUGACAGUGGUGGCCCGACAGGCCGAAGGUGAUGAUGCACGGGAGCCGCGCAUGCAGUUCCUGCCUGAGCCUCCUAGUGAGGAGGCCCGCUUGCUUCACGAGAUCACGCAUCUGCCUUAUGCUAGCUGGUGCCCGCACUGCAUCGCGAUGAAGAGUGUUCCUGAUCAACACCGCGCCGUGCCGGAAGGCAAUGCACGAGAACACCCCACAGUUUCUUUUGAUUUAUCUUACACGGGGUAUGAUCCGACAGGCAAGCUUGAGAGUGGCCCCGAUGAUCGCGGGGGUGACCGAGACAAGCUUACGUGCCUCAUUGUGCAUUGCAAUCACACUGAUGCCAUUGCUGCAAUUCCAUUGCCUGACAAGAGUGCUGCAAGCAUGAAACAUGCCGCGGUUGAACUGAGCUUAGGUGCGAUCAAGAACCGUGUAUGCUCCAACUGCAAGGCGAAUGGACUUGCAGAGAAGGCCGUGGAUGUCAUCCGGUCACUGGCCAAUGUGUUCCUUGAUGCAGCGAGGCACCGCUAUGGGAUCAUGAUCCCGGUGUCCCAUCCGCUUUUCGCCUGGAGCUUUGUGCAUGCAGCAUGGACAUAUACUCGGUUCAAAGUCAAAGGUGGCUUAACAUCGUACGAACGCAUCACAGGCUGCAGCUAUCGCGGAAAGUUGGUUCCCUAUGCCGAACCGAUCUUUGCAUACAUCAGGACUGCCAAUUCUCCCAAAGGAAAUCCCAAGUGGGUGCAAGCAGUGUUCCUCUCCAAAAGUUGGAUCAACGAUAUGUUCAUUGUCGGAACGCCCUCAGGAAUCAUGCUUUCGAAAUCUGUGCGCCGUACGGGCCAGCCGUGGUCCACGCAGAAGACAUUGGCCGAGGCGAUCGCAGGUGCUCCGUGGAACUUUCAGUUAGGCUCUCUUGGUUUGAAGACCGUUCCGCAAGGGCGGAUCCGAGCGCCAAAUCCGGCCGAGCAGGCAGCUGUGGUCGAUGGCUCGGCACCUGAGUUGCCGUUGCCGCCUGAGGUGCCGCUGCCACUUCCGAGUGCCCCUCUGAAUGCUGAGGCCGGUGGUAUCGGUGACCGUGCAGGGCUGCUGGCCCAUGGUGCAGAUGAGGAGCCGGGACCUGCGCCAGUGUCCAAGCGUGCCACUUUGCUGCUUUCACGCGGCGAUCGAACGCCAGCUACACCGAGUGCUGUGACCCCAGGUGCCAUGCCUUCGUCAGUGAGUGUUCAAGCACAGCAUGAGUCGCCACUGCCCCGAGUGCCAGAUGAAGCAAUGCUUGAGGUAUUCUUGCCUAAGAGGUCGGCGGGGACAGGUGACGGCGGGGAGGAAAGUCCUUCUAAGACUGCUAGGCUUCGCCGUGUUGCAAAUGAGCACUUGGCUGUGAAUGAUGAAGAACUUGAGGUGCCUAGUGAAUGGGAUGAUUUGGACUUUUCUUCCAAGGGCGAUGCUGUAGCAACAAGCGGUAGUCUCAGUGUUGGCCAGACGGCAAACACAGUUGAACAUGAGUGGGAUGCGAGCCCAUUGCCUCCUGAGACUGCCCAGCAAGCAGGCAUUUUGUCUGAUGAUGAACUGAAGGCUCUGGAAGCCCAGCUGUGGUUUCCCGAAGAGCCCACCUUGAGUCCUGACGAACAAGCCAAGGUUGAUGCCAUUGCAGACAGGUUUGAGGUGCAAAGGUUGAUUCGCAAGCGAGUUCUCAAGUGUGCCGGGUUGCGAGGUGAAGUGUCCGAGGAAGGUUUCAAGCGCUUGUCAACGAAGUUUGUGAGGACAUGGCGCAAGAAGGUUAAAGGCGGUGUUGAAAUGGUGCUGAGACGGUCCAGGCUAUGUGCACGUGAGUACAAAUGGCUAGAGGCCGACCGUCUUGACAUUUUCAGUCCUGCCAGCAACACUGCCGUGUCUAAGCUCUUGCCGUGGCUGUUUGCUCGGAUGAAGAAUGAGCCCGGUGCCAGUGCUGGUGACGACAGACCAUCUAUGCUUACGCUUGAUGUUAAGGACGCAUACUUGACGGUGCCGCAGGCAUUUUGGCUCAAGGUUUUGGCUCCGAUGCGGAGGUCACAUGUGGAAAAUUUUUGA